GCUCCAAAGCCCUCGCUUUCUUCAAUUUCUUUGCUUUGCUUUCUCUUCAGCCAAUCUCAAAACAGUGAUUUUCUGAGAAAAUUUAACGAAAUGGGUGACAAGAAGAAAAAGACUUUUAUGUUUAUCCGGCUUGUCUCAGCUGCUGGGACUGGAUUCUUCUAUGUGAAGAGGAAAAGUGCUAAGAAAGUGGCUGAGAAACUUGAGUUCCGCAAGUAUGAUCCUCGGGUAAAUCGCCACGUUCUUUUCACAGAACAAAAAAUGAAAUGAGGAACCUGUUAUGUGUCAGCUAUUCUGUUUUUAUCAAUUUUUAAAUCAACGUACAAGUGCUUUUUCUUGUAGACAAUAUCAAUUAUGUGAGCCUGAAUAAAGUACAUUUGUAUUUAGUUACAUUUGUUUCUCCAUUAAUUACCAUAUCGUCUCCCUCUCUAUGAAUCUCUCUCACUUUGAGCAUGGUUUUUUAA